AUGGCUGCCGUCUACAAGACAGUGUCUAAGAAGAAGUCUCGGCAACUCGCCGAAGAUCAGGAAGAUGUAGAUAUGGAGAUGGAAGAUCUCGCCGGAGCCGACGACACAAGCGACAGCGACGAAGACGAAGAUGAGCACACUGUGGAAGCGGCCCAGAAGCAACUUGCCUCUGGAUUCAUGCCGAAGACUCGUGUCCUUAUGUUGACUUCAAGAGGUGUGACAUAUCGCCAUCGACACCUGCUGUCCGAUCUCUGCUCCUUGCUCCCUCACACGCACAAAGAAAGCAAAUUAGAUACGAAAAAGAAGACGGCCGGUUACAAUCUACUCCUGAACUCCCUCGCAGACCUCCACUCAUGCAAUGUCAUUUUCUUCCUCGAAGCACGCAAGCGCGGUCAAGAUCUGUAUCUAUGGCUGUCUCGUCCUCCCAACGGACCUACGAUCAAGUUUCAUCUCACCAACCUGCACACAAUGGGUGAAUUGAACACUGGAUUUAGCGGUAACUGUUUGAAGGGUGGCCGUGGCAUUGUCGUUUUCGAUCGGUCGUUUGACGAACAGGGUCCGGUUAUGAGCAGCCCUGGAAACGAGUACCGCGGAUUGAUCAGAGAAAUGCUGCGUGGAGUUUUCUGCGUGCCCAAGCGUGGAGUCAAGGGCAUGAAGCCUUUCAUUGACCGAAUCAUCGGUGUCUUCGGUGUGGACGGCAAGAUUUGGAUUCGCGUCUACGAGAUUAGAGAGUCCGAAGGUGGAGGCAAAAAGGACGACGAAAACGGCAAGCCCACGCCCAAGGGCAAGAAUGUUCAACCAGAGAUCUCCCUCGUUGAGGUCGGACCUCGCUUCGUCCUUACGCCAAUCGUCAUUCUUGAAGGCAGUUUCGGCGGCCCUGUCAUCUACGAGAACAAGGAGUAUGUGAGCCCGAACCAAGUCCGCAGCGAGAUUCGGUUGAGCAAGGCGGCGCGUUACGCGAAGCGUCGGGAUGUUCAAACCAACUUGAUUUCGAAACGCUCUACGUUGGGCUUGGCAGAAGGCGAGAGAAAGCCAGAUGCUCUCGACACUAAGAAGCUCUUUUCUUAA